UGAAAUUGCAAUAGCCUUGGUUCGCCGUCUGCAUGUCCAAGCCCACUACUCGUGCGAGGACGAAUAGUUUAUGAGGUUUAGAGAGAGAAAAACAUACUGUUUAGAGAGAGAAAGUUUGGGGAAAGAACGAAGGAGCACGAAGACAGAACCAGGAACCUUAUUUUACUCGACAAAUACAUACGUAUUUAUGUCAAUAUAGGCACCUGUUGUCUCAUAUUGUACAAGCCGAGGGACAUAUUGUACGAGAUUCAAAUGCAUUCCCUGCUUUAGAUAUUCUAGGGCAAAAAUAUCUUUUGCUUUGAAUUGAGGUAAGAAAAAAACCCUAGAACCAGGAGAAACUUACAGGGCUGACGCAUUGCUAACUCUAGCUGCAAUUCGGGCAUUGGUAUUCACAAUUGAGAUAGAGAGGAACGUGAUUGAGGCUGCAACCAGAUAGUGUCCUAAGUUCGUAGAAGUACAAAAGGAAUUUGAUCGAGGCUUGUGCUGAUGGAGGGAACACCCUGUAGCUUUUAAGGCGGGAGUGCAUGGAUGUGGUGCGGAAUCUGAUCCCGUAGUCAAUGCCGAGGUUGAUUCAAUGGGAGGAGUUCUUGAAGGUGGAGUUGGUAUUGGUAACAUAACUUCUCCGCAGAGAUCAGCAAUUGAGGAGGUUCAAGCUGAGCUUAGGCAGGAGUAUUGUUUCCUAGAGGAAAAGAGAAGAGAAUUAGAAUUUCUUGAGAAAGGUGGUGAUCCGCUGGAUUUCAAAUUCGGGAAUGCUGCUUCACUUAGUGUUCAGUCUACUUCUCUGACAGAUCAACCUCCCGAUCAGCUUGUGACCAGUGAAGCAAAAGGUAGUUUUGCAAUUACUGCUUCACCUCAUGGAGACUCAGUUGAAAGUAGUGGUCGACUCGGGGCUCCUCAACUUUGUGAACCCAACAGUGCUGACAAUCUCAUGCUAUUUGAUGGUGAAAAUGAAUACACUGAAGGUGAUAGGUCUUCUAGACACCCCGGUAGGAGCAAUCUUACUCCAUCAGAGCAUUCAUUUAAGUUAGAUAGAAGUCGAAAUGCAAACGAAUUGGGUGAUUCUGCUGCUUUUGGUGUCCCUAGAAAAGCUUACAAGCGAAGAUACAGGCCCCGGCCUAAUGGGGAUGACACUAGAUCAAGUUCUACUGAUGUAAUUCUAGCUCGUGGUCAUGGCACAUCCUUGCCUUCACAACAUUUAUCUAAAGAUGUGAAAGGACUGGUUUCUGAUGGAGAAAAUCCAAAAGACCAGAACUCUUCUUUGAACUUUGCAGUGCCUGUGAAGACUCUGGCUUCUGAUAACCUGCUGGAUUCUGAAGUAGAUGGUGUUAAAGCUGCAGAUUCAACUACUUACUUGAAGACAGAUGAUCUGGCAGGUGGCAUUCCUGAAGCUAGUGCUUCCAGAGAUUUGCUGGAUAACCAACAUGAUCAGAACUCACUCACAGGUGUUAAGGAAAUGUCUAUUCAGGAAGGUCCUGAGAGGCCUCCAUCGUCACUGGGAGAAGAAGGGGUAGGUUCUGCUGGCCAGGAAGGUCAGUCGUGUACAGCUGCAGCAGGACUUGGGAAGCAAGCUAGUUCCAGCCAAAUAAAUGGUUUCAGUUGUGGGAAGAGUGACCAGAAAAGCAUACAUAAUGAUGCUCAAAGCAGUGAUGCAGCAUUGGGCACAAAGGGUUUAGAUUCAGAAUCUUCUUGCACCCGGACUACUCAUACUUUAGAUCAAAAUAAUGAUAGUGAAAUGAUUAUGAACCCAAAAAACUUGGACUCCAAAGGUGGCUUGAAGGAACAACUGUCGGUGCCAGAGGGAACACCCAUUAUCGAAAGCAAUCUUAAAGAACAGAAAGAGGUGAAAGCUGGUGACGGUUGUGGUUUGACCACUGAAGUAUGCAAUUCUGGCCCCAAAAAGCACCAAAAUUAUUUUCUCGAUACAUCACAGGAAGAAUUUGUUAGCAGUGAACCUAAUUUGCUUUGUGAGGUAAAAGAUAAUAUUACCACCGUAGUGGAAGCAGUUGGCCCAUCUCCGUCAGAAACACCCAGUACAAAUACAAGUGAUAGUUCCAACCGCCAAAAAGGAAAUGCUUGUAUUAUUGGACGUCAGGCUUCAGUUGAGUCCAGAAUACCUGAGCCUUCUCAGCAUGUAUCACCACAUGGAGUUUCAAAUCUUUCCCCUGAGGCACAAGCAUCUGGGAUCAACUUUAAACUUGCUACCAGGGGUGAUGAAGACUCAAUCUUGAAAGAGGCACAGAUUAUAGAGGCGAAACGUAAAAGGAUUGCAGAGUUAUCUGCAGUGACCUUUCCAGUGGAGAAUCGUCGCAAAUCCCACUGGGAUUAUGUACUUGAGGAAAUGGUUUGGCUGGCAAAUGAUUUUGCUCAGGAACGUCUUUGGAAAAUGACUACAGCUGCUCAAAUGUGUCACCGAGUGGCUUUUACCGCGCGGUCACGAUUCCAAGAACAACAUAGUAGUUGGGAGCUAAAAAAGGUAGCUCAUAUUAUGGCCAAAGCUGUCAUGGGUUUCUGGCAGUCUAUUGAGGGGAAAAGCAAAAAACUGGAGAUGCCGAUCUUUAGAAAGGAUCAUGCCCUUGCUAUUAGGGAAUAUGCCAUGAGAUUUCUGAAAUACAAUGACUCUGAUGUUCCACAAAGCCUUGCUGAAGCUCCAGUGACUCCAGAGAGGGUGUCUGAUGCUGGAAUCAUUGAUGCGCCCCAGGAAGAUCAUUUCAGAGAAGAGAACCUCUUCUAUGCUGUCUCUCUUGGAGCAAUGGAUGCCUACAGAAAGUCCAUCGAAUCUCAUGUGCUGCACUAUGCGAAAUUUGGUAUGCAUGAAGAGGUGGAGACAUCUGCAUGCAAUACAGUUCCAGACUUUGGAUCUCAAGACUAUGCAUUUGAAGAGGAUGAAGGAGAGACAAGUCCAUAUGACAUAUCUGUUGCCAUUGAAGGUAACAAAUUGUCAAGAUUUUCCCAGAAGAAAAGGAAGAUCCUCAUAAAGGCAUAUAAUGGAAGAUCAUAUGAUGUUCGCACUGAUGUACCAUUUACACAACGUGCGGAAAACAAACUUGGUACUCAUCAAUCUAUGCAACUGGGCAAACGGCCAGCAAGCAAUCUUAAUGUGUCUAUUCCAACAAAGCGUAUGCGUACUGCUUCUAGGCAAAGAGUUCUUAGUCCUUACAGUGCAACAACAUCUGGAUGUGCUCAGUUGCCAAUCAAAACUGAUGCUUCAAGUGGUGAUACAAGUUCAUUUCAGGGUGAUCAGAGUACUUUGCAUGGGGGAUCACAUAUGCCAAAUAGUUUGGACGUUGAGUCAGUUGGCGAUUUCGAAAAGCAUUUACCAUUUGACUCCAGUGAAGUUUCAAAACCUAAAAAGAAGAAAAAAUCAAAGAUUCUGGGUUCCGCAUAUGAACAGCGAUGGCCGGCUGAUUCUAAUUUUCAAAACGAGCAGAGGGACUUUUCCCGAAAGAGAUUGGAGAGCCAUCAACUUGAUUCUAAUGGUAGUAAUGGUUUAGUCGGUCAACAUAUCACAAAGAAGCCAAAGAUGAUGAGGCAAUCACUUGAAAAUUCUUUUGAAAAUAUAGGUGCUGGUGGUGGAUUUGUCCCAUCUCCAGUGGCUUCCCAGAUGAGUAACAUGUCCAACCCAAAUAAACUUAUGAGAAUGCUUAGUGGUAGGGACCAGGGUAGGAGAGCCAAAACGUUGAAGAUGUCCGCUGGACAACCAGGUUCAGGAAGUCCAUGGUCACUAUUCGAGGACCAGGCACUAGUGGUCCUGGUGCAUGACAUGGGUCCAAACUGGGAGCUUGUAAGUGAUGCUUUCAACAGUACUUUACAAUUCAAGUGUAUCUACCGCAAGCCAAAAGAAUGCAAAGAACGACACAAAAUACUGAUGGACAGAAGUAGUGGUGAUGGUGCUGAUAGUGCUGAUGAUUCAGGAUCUUCUCAACCUUAUCCUUCAACAUUACCUGGCAUUCCCAAGGGAAGUGCUAGGCAACUGUUUCAGCGUUUGCAGGGGCCAAUGGAAGAGGAUACACUUAGAUCUCAUUUUGAGAAAAUGAUCUUGAUUGGGCAGAAAUAUCUUUUACGGAAGAAUCAGGGUUAUAAACAUGAUCCGAGACAACUCCAGCAACCACAUGAUUCUCACACACAUGUUCUUUCCAAACAUUGUACAAAUAAUCUGAACGGAGGCCCUAUUUUUACACCUUUGGACCUAUGUGAUGCGCCUUCGAGUCCAGACUAUAUUUCUGUUGGAUGCCAAGGUCCGCACCCAAGUGAAUUAUCUAUCUCAAGUCAGUGUGCAUUAAACUCAGUGCUCCCAGCGUCUGGUGCAAACUCCGCAGUCCAUGGGUCGUCCAAUAUGAUUAGCGGAAACAAUUUUCCAUCAAGUCCUCUCAAUGCAUCUGUUAGGGAUGGUAGAUAUGUUGUUCCUAGAUCUGCAUCUCUUCCAGUUGAUGAACAGCAGAGACUUCAGCAGUAUAAUCAAAUGAGAAAUAUGCAAUCCAAUAUAGCUGCUCCUGGAGUUCUUGCAGCCACUGAUCGUGGUGGUGCUCGUAUACUUUCCAGUGGCAAUAGUACGGGCAUGAUGUGUGGGAUCAAUAGAGGUAUUCCAAUGGCAAGGCCUGGGUUUCAAGGAGUUGCAUCAUCGCCUAUGUUGAAUUCUGGAAGCAUGCUUUCCUCCGGGAUGGGAGCAAUGCCAAACACUGUGAAUAUGCAUUCUGGAGUGAGCUCUAAUCAGGUGAACUCAAUGAUGAGACCUCACGAUGGUUCGCACAUGAUUCGGCCUCCACAGAAUCAGGAAGUUCAGAGGCAAAUGAUGGUUCCUGAGCUUCAAGGAAACAGUCAAGUGGUCUCUCCAUUUGGUGGGUUAAGUUCCUCUUUCCCCAACCAGUCUGCCUCUCCCGUCACAUCGUAUCCACUUCAUCAUCGGCAAUCACAUCAGCCACCUAUGCUUAGCCCUCAUCGUCCUCAUCUUCAAGGGGCUAAUCAUGCCACCAACUCACAGCAACAAGCUUAUGCACUUCGAUUAGCUAAAGAGAGGCACCUGCAGCAGCGACUGGUGCAACAACAACAAUUUUCACAUUCGCAGCCCCAACUUCCUAUUUCAGCUUCUUUGCAAAAUAGUCCCAAGACCACAUCACAAUCUUCUUCUCCGCCGGUAUCACUUUCUCCUUUGACGUCCCCCGCCUCAAUGACCCCAAUGCCGCAACAUCACGCAUUGCCAAAUCAUGGGCUUGCACGGACUGCUCAAACUGGGGGCAGCACUGUAACUACUCAGAUGAGCAAGCAAAGGCAACGUCAGAUAGGGCAGCAGCAGCUUCAACAAGCAGGCAGGCACCAUCCUCCACAGCGUCAGCAGUCACAAUCUCAACAACAAGCUAAAUUGUUGAAGGGAGUUGGCAGAGGGAACAUGAUGAUGCACCAGAACUUGCAGAUAGAUCCCUCUCUACUGAAUGGGCUUUCGAACAAUCAAACAAAUCAAUCUGCUGAGAAAGGUGAGCAAGCCACUCACUUGAUGCAAGGUCAUGGACUAUAUUCUGGUACAGCACACAGCCCUGUCCAGCUUGCAAAGCAAGCUGUGGCACCUCAUUCUUCAAGUCAGCCCCAACCUAAGAUUUACUCUGGCCAACUAGUUCCAUCUACCAAGCAUCUUCAGCAGCAGAUGCAUAAUCAGGAUAAUAGCAAUCAAGGUCCUGGCUCAUUGGCUCCCUCUGAUACUAUUUCAUCUCAGCAAUCUGUUCCAUCCUCAGUCACGGGUUCAUCCAACCACCAAGGAUUGGUGCAUGAACAACCACAGGUGCAGCCACAGCCGAAAUUGAUGAAUCAAAGCCAAGCAACUGUACAACGGGUAUUGCAGCAGAACCAUGUAGUAAAUUCAGAUCAAUCAAAGAAGUUGCAAGCUGGUGAACCUCAAGCUGAACAACACCCUAUGUGCAAAACUUCUGAGAUAGGUGCAAUCACCUCAAUGCCUCAGGACGUCAAUGAUGCAACUAAUGUCGCAGAUGUUUCAACUCUGAGUGCUAAUCAUUGGAAGGGUACAGAACCAUUGUGUGAUUCAAUUGGGACUCCACCAACAAAUUCUGCUGGCAGUGAGUCGGUGCCUCAAAUCAGCCAAGGGGUAAGCCAAAGACAAUCUUCGGGCAACUUGGCUCUAACAGGGCCUGAUAGUUUCAACUGGCAGCAAAAAUCCUCCCAGUUGCAACCUCCUUCCUCAGUGACCCAGCCACAGUUGCAGCAGCAGCUUUCACCAUUGCAACAUUCACAAGAACAGGCUCAGAUUCUGCAAGCAGGGAAUAGCAGUUCGUUUGCUAGGCCCAAUGACUGUAGACUGGAUUAAACCACCUUCAACAGAUAAAGGAUAAUUCCUUUUUGGCUAAUCAGUCCCUGAAUGGGUCAGCAUGCCUGGGAAACAGCGGUGUACAGAUGAAGCUCGUUGUCCCUGAGGGCAUCACCUUAUGCAAGUUGGUGAAUUUUCAAAGUUUAGCUAUACUAGAGGGACGUCUGCUUAAAUUUUGGGUUCUGUAUAUUAUUGUCGCCCUAGAGCCUCAGGAAGGUAGGGACAUAUAUAGAGGUACGUGUACAGGAUUUUAUCCUUUUCCUUUUUUCCUUUUGAUGUUACGUAAUUCACUUUCGUAAAAGCCCCUUGUUUCACCGGCUCACUGAGGGAUUCCUAUUUUGAUUUUAUCCCCGUAGAUCAUCCCAUGUAUUAUUUCCCGUUUUGUAUUCAAGGGGGUAGUUAUCAUUUUUAUGGCCAAAGGCUGUGGGAAAUUUUGUGAAUAUUAGUCUUUUGUAUACUCCUUAUUUAUUAGAACAGUCAUCAUACAUGACUGCACCUUCCUCGUAGCCUUCGCAAUUCUUGUAAAUUGUUUCUCUUUGCAUUUAUCAAAUCUUUAAUUAGAUGCACUCA